CAAUGCAAAUAUGCAAUCCCCCUUACUCAACCCCAUUCUAGCUCUUAACACACCAAAACCUCUUCAUUUUCUCGUUUUAGAAAAUACUUGAGAGAAAUGAGAACUUUCACACUCAUUCUUUUCACAUUCUAUUUCCUAAACUAUUUUCUAAAUGCAGCAGCUAGAGGAGGAAGUAGUAGUAUAUACAAUGUGGCCAAUUUCGGAGCGAAAGCUGAUGGGAAAACAGACUCAUCACAGGCAUUUUUGAAUGCCUGGGACGCGGCCUGUGGAUCUACAGGCCGCACUACGAUCCACGUACCUUCAGGCCGGUUUCUAAUUCAAAAGGCGAUAACAUUUUCAGGGACAAAGUGCAAAAACAGAGGUGUUAACUUUGAUAUUAGAGGCACCAUUGUCGCCCCCUCGAAUUUCCAGGCUCUUAGAAACGCCAACACUUGGCUUGCUUUCGAGUAUGUCACCGGAGUAUCCAUCCACGGUGGUGUACUAGAUGGCCAAGGUUCUGAUUUGUGGGCUUGUAAGAUGUCUCACAAAGGCGGAUGUCCAAGUGGUGUCACGAACUUGGGGUUCACAAACUCAAGAAACAUAAUGAUAAAAAGAUUAACAUCACUAGAUAGCCAAUUGUACCACAUCGUAUUUGUCGGUUGUAAGAAUGUGAAAGUCCAAGGCACCACUGUAUCAGCAUCUGGCACAAGUCCAAAUACAGAUGGUAUUCACGUACAAUUAUCAAGUGGUGUAACAAUUCAAAGUACUCAUAUUCGUACCGGGGAUGAUUGCAUCUCAAUUGGUGCUGGUACGACUGACAUGUGGAUGGAAAACAUCAGAUGCGGACCUGGUCAUGGCAUAAGCAUUGGAAGCCUAGGUAAGGACAUGAAUGAGCCUGGAGUCCAGAAUAUCACAGUAAAGACUGCGACAUUUACAGGUACUCAAAAUGGUGUAAGAAUUAAAUCUUGGGGAAGACCUAGCAACGGUUUUGUAAAGGAUGUGUUAUUCCAACAUAUCACUAUGGUGAAUGCUCAAAAUCCUAUCAUUAUUGAUCAAAAUUAUUGUCCGGGGAACAAGGGUUGCCCAGGAAAGGUUUCAGGAAUAAGAAUUGAUGGCAUUAAGUACCAAGAUAUUCAUGGAUCAUCUGCUACUCCGGUUGCUAUAAAGUUUGAUUGUAGUGCAAAAAAUCAUUGUACAGGGCUAAGAUUAGAGAAUGUAAAACUGACCUACAACAACCAACCAGCUACUUCACUCUGUUCGUACGCUGGUGGAUUAACCUACGGAUUAGUACAGCCUAAAAGCUGCUUGUAGGAUUAUUGUUAUCUUAUUCUUCCUCUUCUUGUUGAAUCCUUCUUCCCUUAUUAAGGAGGUGGAGGGUAUUCCACUAAUUGCUGUUAUAAUUUAUAACAGGAGAAUAUAUAUCUAUAUAUAUUUACUUUUAGGAUGAUAGUUUUUUUU